GAAGAAUUAGUGAAGGUGGGGGACAAGGGGUGGUGCUCCCUGAUUCUGAUUGUUUGCCGCCCACUGAGCCGGUCUCAUGCUUUCUGCAUGACCAGGCUUUGUAUCUGAGGCAUGUGCACAUUUGUGCCCUUUGUGCUUGCGCCCCCGGCGGCCAGCCUACCAGGCCCACAGAGCCUCUUUUCACUUUUCGUUCAACGUUUGCGCUCCAAAUGCCGUCGUACGGCCGGCCUUGGCACCUUCUUCUUCUUUCUUCUUCCUGCAGAGCUGAGCACCUGAAGGAGGCCAAGAGCACUCUUUUUGCGUUCAUGGGGGAUUGAGAAGUGCAUGACAUGCCUAGUCACUGAUAAUGCUGCCAAUAUGAUAGCCUGUGCACAACUUUUACAGGCUGAUAGUUGGCCUCUUUAGAUCUAGUGCCAAAGCGAAGCAGAAGCUCUCAGACAUCGAGGAGCGAAUGGGAAAACCAGUGAUUAAAUGAAUCCAGCAAAUAGAGAUGAGAUGGAGCAGCACCUAUUCAGUGUUUGAGCGUCUGUUGGAGCAGCGUGAGGCAGUGGCAGCAGCUUUGGCCAGCUUGAACACGACCUUAACUCCCUGAAACAGUGCUGACAGUGAAAUGGUGAGUGAGUGCCUUCAUGUUCUUGCUGUGUUUAAUGAAGCAACUGUGGAACUGUCCUCUGAAAAGAGGGUUUCUGCCUCAAAAAUAAUACCCUUAGUCGCAAGAUUCUGGAACGGCGUGAAAGGUUAACUUCAGUAUGCAGUAACCUUCACAAGAACUUCAGAGAGCGAUGUGGGGUGGAGGUUGUGAGGGUCCUAGCCGUCUCAACUGUGCUGGAUCCUUGGUUCAGAGUUCUGCCAUUUGGAUCUCCAGACAAUGCAGAAAAAGCCGUGAAGGCUUUGACAGCUGAGUGUUGUGCUGUCGUUCGAGCAGCCUCUCAUGAACAAGCAAGCGCUUGUGAGCCCUCGACAUCAACACCACCAGGGCCACAUGCCAGUGAGCACACGGAGGAGAGCCUGUGGGAUGAUGUUGAUAACCUGGUAGGGGAGACGUCACAGAGGCAGAGUGCCAUUGCUGAUGCUACUGUUGAGGUUCAGCGCUCUAUCUCAGCGCCAUAUCUACCAAGAAGAGAAGAUCCAUUGGAUUUUUGGAACCAGCAUGCAGUUGUGUUCCCUCACCUUUUCGAGUUGGCCAAGGCAUCUCUCUCCAUUCCGGCCACAUUAGUCCCUUGUGAGAUAAUCUUCUCAAAAGCAGGAGAAAUUUUAAUCAAGAGAAGAAACCGUCUCAGUCCAAGUACUGUUAAACAAAUAGUUUUUCUUAAUAAAAAUACUUGAAUGUACACAAGUGCCCCCUACAAACACUGAGCGAUUGAGGAGAAAAUAUCCUUUCAUACAAAUAAUACUAUUAACCCAAACAAUCACAAAAAUUAGGAGACAAAAAGACACAAAAAAUAGCAAUUCCACUCCACAUAACAGUCUUUUGAUUAAAGUGAUAUUCUUACCAGUAACAAUAGAGGACAAACCUGAUUUAUGUAAUGUGGGUUUAAACAAAGCAUUUAAGUCAUCAAGUUAUAUUGAAAAAUUAUGUAUUUCAAAGGUAAUAUUAAAAAUGGACCAAGAAUCAACAGCAAAAAGCUCAUUUGUAUUUCUAUACAUAUUUGGGAGGUGGGGGGGUUAUUCACUUUGAGAGAUGUUUCGAAUGUUCCAAAAUCGAUUCUUUUUCUGAAUCACUUGUUCCAAAUGAUUUGAUCGUUUCAGUGUUCCAAUAUCUGCCAUCCCUACCACUUGACGGUUGUUGGUGGCGUCUCCUCCUCCCGUGGGCUUUUAAGGGAUGCCAUCAAGGACGAUGCAACAAAGAUUCCACUUCAAAGCCAUCAAAGGUGGGCCUUUAAGGGAUGCCAUUGAUGAUGAAACAAUGAUUCCACGUCAAAGCCAUCAAAGGUGUACAACAGGGUGCUGCCAUAAAGGAAUGAAAGGAAGGAAAGGACUGGUGUGUUGUCCUGGGAACAAACAAGAGAUGGAGCGCAUGGAAGAUGACAAGCCAAAGCAGAAGAAAGUCACCGUCUACCUGCUCUACUGCGUUUCCACCGCUGUCAUCGGCUCGCUGCAGUUUGGAUACAACACGGGAGUCAUCAAUGCACCUGAAAUGAAACUGCGUAGAUUCUUCCAGAACGUGUCUCUGGAGCGCUACAACAAACCCUUCACCCCGGGAGCCAACACCAUGGUGUGGAGUUUUGCAGUGGCCAUCUUUAGUGUGGGCGGCAUGGUGGGCUCCUUCUGUGUGGGAGCUAUGGUCAACAAAUUUGGCAGGAGGAGGUCUAUGCUGCUGGCAAACAUCCUGGCCCUGCUGGGCGGUGGCCUGAUGGGACUGUCCAGCCUGAGUCGCUCUUUCGAGAUGGUCAUCAUCGGCCGCUUGGUCAUCGGUGUAUUCUGCGGCCUGUGCACGGGACUGACGCCCAUGUACGUGGGAGAGAUCUCCCCAACCGCCCUCAGAGGAGCCUUUGGCACCCUGCACCAGCUGGGCGUGGUUGUUGGCAUCCUGGUGGCACAGAUCUUUGGUCUGGAGUCUCUUCUGGGCUCAGAGUCUCUGUGGCCUCUCCUCCUCGCCCUGACCGUCCUGCCUGCCAUCCUGCAGUCCAUCAUGCUGCCCUUCUGUCCUGAGAGCCCACGCUAUCUUCUCAUUGUCCUCAGCCACGAGGAGGAGGCCAGGAAAGCACUGGUGCGUCUGCGCGGCAGUGAAGACGUGAGCGAGGACAUUGAGGAGAUGAAGGAGGAAGGCAUGAGGAUGGCCAUGGAGAAGAAAGUCACCAUCCCGGAGCUUUUCCGCUCCCCCAACUACCGGCAGCCCAUCAUCAUCGCCAUCAUCCUGCAGCUCUCUCAGCAGCUGUCGGGCAUCAAUGCCGUCUUCUACUACUCCACGAGCAUCUUUGCCACCGCUGGCGUAAAUCAGCCAAUCUACGCCACCAUUGGCGCUGGCAUUGUCAACACAGUGUUCACUGUUGUAUCUCUCUUCUUGGUCGAGAGGGCGGGUCGAAGGACUUUACACCUGAUUGGAUUGGGUGGGAUGGCAGUUUCUGCCCUGGUUAUGACCAUCUCACUCUCUCUGGUGAAAACGAAUGCCUUGCUCAGCUACUUGGCAAUCGUGGCGGUCUUUGGCUUCGUGGCCAGCUUUGAGAUGGGUCCGGGCCCCAUCCCCUGGUUCAUUGUGGCCGAGCUCUUCUCCCAGGGCCCUCGACCCGCUGCCAUGGCCAUCUCUGGCUUCUCCAACUGGACCGCCAACUUCCUGGUGGGGCUAAGUUUUCCUAAACUGGAGGAACUCUGUGGUCCAUACGUCUUCAUCAUCUUCAUGGUGUUUCUCAUCCUUUUCUUCAUCUUCACUUUUCUGCGGGUGCCCGAGACCAAAGGGCGGACCUUUGACGAUAUCGCCCAAGGGUUCGCCGCCAAAUCCUCGCCCUCUCCUGCCCCUGAAGUGUCGGCGGUGGUGGUGGACCUGUCUGAUAGCAAAGAACCGACACCUCUGUCCCCUUCGGAAAAGAUCCCCAUGGUGGAUCUUCCCUCAGGGAAGCCAUGAGAGAGCAGCCUUGUGCUGUGAAUUGGAAAGCUUGUUCAAUCACAUAGAAGACUUUCCCCCCCAUGUCCUGCUUAACAGAAUAACCUUUCAAAGUUUGUUGAUGUUCCCGGCAUGCUGCCUCAUAAGAGGAUCAACAUGUUCAGUGUUAAGACCCCCCCCUCUUGCCCGCCAUCGGAAGGUUGCAGGAUUUCAGCUUUUAGGAAUUGGGGUCAAGCUCAGAAAGCCACUAAAGCUGACCUGCUGGUGACGGGGUUCUUGUUCCUCGUUCUCGUUUGCACGCGCGCGCACACACACACACACAGAAAACACUGCCCAUACACUUGACGAAAUAAAUUGACCUAAAUGUGCGUAUGAUUGUGAUGUUUGGACACAACUGUGGAAAGCGGAAAACACGCAGACUGCCUAUUCAAAAAAAUCAACAUUGAUUGUAUGACGAUUAGGAGUGCACGAUGAUCCUCAUCAAGAUGAAUAUGAGGGAAUUAUGACAUCAUACCGAUAAAUCCAUUAAAAACAGCUAUGAUAACAGAUCAUUAAAAAAAAACGCUCCAGUGAGGCGAGAUUACACGGAUUGUGGGGGUGAGCAAAUCAAGCGCUCCUUCCUUCUCCCGUCUGUGAUGUAAAGGGCCUGUCGUAACGUCCCCUGAGCCCGCUUGUAAACGAACCAUUCAUUUUCACAGGAAGGAUGUUGUGCCAAAUGCUCCGCAGUGAGGGGAAAAAAACCCCAUGGAGCACACAAAAACCUUGUGGCGUCACACCGACUGCUCGGAGCGUAUGCCCGAAUACAGUGCACCUUGGUGGGCCACAGCAGGUGGCUCCUCCUGCUCUAUAGUCUUGUUCUCCUGACCUCCGUAGCUGCACACCGACCGCUCGGAGCAUGUGCCCGAAUACAGUGCACCUUGCUGGGCAAAUAGCAGGUGUCAUGAUAUUUGGUCAACUCCCAAUUUGUUCCAGUCCUUUCAGUCCACACUUCCAGGUGUGCACAAAGGACAGUUCAGUCAAAAUUGAAAAAAAGAGUAGAUAUAAAUCGGUUAUCGGUUAUCAGUCUGGGAAAAAAGAUACCGUGCAUCUCUAAGGACAAUGAUGUCGUUUAUUAGCCCACUCAACACGCCCAUUUCAUCCUGAUGUGUUAAAACCACUAACAGCACACACUGGAACCUCCAAAGUCCAACCCAGCGUGGGAUUUUGUGGCUAAAUAUGCCUCAAAAGUCAAACAAAAGUGGCAGUUUAAGCCAUCAACUGUGCCGUAAAUAGAGGAUCUUUAACUACAGUAGUCUUUUUGCUGUAUUUCCUUAGAAACAGCAGUGUGUGCUCCUGUUAUAUAGGGGAUCUUUGGCUAGCGUUUUUGCAGUUGGUUCUUAAAAACAGCAGAGUGCUCCUGUUAUUAUAUAGAGGAUCUUUGACUGGUGUUUUUGCAAUAUGUUUUCCAAACAGCAGAGUGUACUUCUGUCAUAUAGAGGGUCUUUGACUAGUGUUUUUUUCCCAGUAUUUCCUUAAAAACACCAGAGUGCUUCUGUUAUAUAGAUGAUCUUUGACUUGUGUUUCUGCAGUAUUACAUUAAAACAGCAGCGUGUGCUCCUGUAAUGUAGCGCAUCUUUGACUCGUGUUCUUGCAGCUGGUCCUUAAAAACAGCAGUCUUCCUGUCAUAUAGAAGAUCUUUGUCAUGUGUUUUUGUAGUAAGUGCUUAAAAACAGCAGUGUGUGCUCUUGAAUAUAGAUGGUCUUUGACUUCUGUUUUUGCAUUAUUUUGAUAAAAAGUUUUUGCUUUGACAUAUAGAGGAUCUUUGACUAGUGUUUUUGCAGUAUUUACAUAACAACAGCAGUGUGUGCUCUGACAUAUAGAGGAUCUUUGACUAGUGUUUUUGCAGUAUUUACAUAACAACAGCAGUGUGUGCUCUGACAUAUAGAGGAUCUUUGACUAGUGUUUUUGCAGUAUUUACAUAAAAACAGCAGUGUGUGCUCUGACAUAGAGGAUCUUUGACUAGUGUUUUUGCAGUAUGGCCAUAAAAACGGAGUGCGCCCAUCAUAUAGAGCAGGGGCGUCAAACUCAUUUUCACCGUGGGCCACAUCGCAGUUAUGGUUAUCCUCAGAGGGCCACUUUUUAUCAUUCUAUUUUAGAAUUUUGUUAAUUAUUACAUACAUUUUUCAUUGAUAAAAAAGUCAUUUUAAAUUGGAUUUGACAACAAAAAAAAUAAGGUUUUCUGUCAAUAUUGACAACAAAUACAUUUAGCAAGAAAGAUUGUCUUUUUGAUUUAAAAAAUAUUUUUUAAAGUUGUUUUUGUUACUAAUAUUAAUUUUGUUUUUACUUUAAUAUAUUUUAUUAUUUAUUGUAAAUGUAACGGUAAAUGUUUAUAAAAUUAUUGUAAAAAUGAUUUAAAUAUUACAUUUUUUUAUAUUAUUGUAAAAAUAUUUUUAAUAUAUACAAAUUUUACUCAUUUAAAUACAUUUAUAUUAAAUAAAAAAUAUAUAAAA